GAUGUGUACCUGAAAAAUACACUUAUAUGAUUAAAACAAAAUAAUGAGAUUUAUUUAAAUGGGAUUUAUUUACGGGCGUUACUGUCCAGUUAUUAUGAUAAUAAUAUAAAGAAACGCCGCAUUGUUCCACUCAAGCGCCUUGACGUAAACCGGAUAAUGAUUUACACGCGUCACUUGAACGCAACACGCCGCUACCUGAAACCGAAGGUGGGUGUCCGCUCGCGUCGGGCCCCGCCCCGUCACCGCACGCACUGAUUCACGUACGACACUCGUCUGCCGGACCACGCAAACACCUGGUUGGCUUCACGCCCACAGACGCACGCACAACUCGCUUGGACUUUUUCAGGAAGAAGCGCUGGAGGGAAGCUGGGCCAGCAGUUCCUGUCACUUUUUGGAAACUCCUCGGGGGAUUCCGUCGUCGUGUCGCCUGCUCCGAAACAAGGAAGCUCUCCAACAUGCUCAUUUGUGAAUACCGCAUCGUCCUCCCCAUUUCAGUGGAAGAGUAUCAAGUGGGUCAGCUGUACGCUGUGAUCGAAGCCAGCAAGAAUGAGACAGGUGGAGGAGAUGGUGUGGAGGUGAUUGUCAACGAGCCUUAUGAAGAGAAUGGAGAGAAGGGACAGUUCACUCACAAGGUCUACCAUCUAAGCAGUAAAGUUCCACGGCUCAUCAAAGCGCUAGCUCCGAAUGGAUCCCUCGAGGUUCAUGAGAAGGCCUGGAAUGCAUACCCGUACUGCAGAACCAUUAUAACAAAUCCCUUCAUGAAGGACGACUUCCUGAUAAAAAUCGAGACUUGGCACAAGCCUGAUUUGGGACGUGAAGAAAACGUUCACCAACUGCCCGCUGAGCAACUGAACCAAAGGAAGGUUGUAAACAUCGACAUUGUUGAACCUCCUUCCCAAAAGGUAAAAGACUACAAGAAGGAAUAUGAUCCGACCUUGUUUAAAUCGACAAAGACCAACAGAGGACCCCUGAAGGAGGGCUGGCAGAAAGACCUGGCUUCCAGUGGAUGGCCUUACAUGUGUGCCUACAAGCUAGUAACGAUUAAGUUCAAGUGGAGGGGACUGCAAAGCAAAAUCGAGGCGAUCAUUGAAAAGACCGAGAGGCGCAUUUUCGCCAACUUCCACCGGCAGUUGUUCUGCACACUUGACGACUGGAUCGGCUUGGACAUGAACGACAUCCGGCGUCUGGAGGAGAUCACCAAGAAAGAGCUGGAUGAGAAAAGGCUUAAAGAUGGCGCCACAGGCAUGUCAGUGGACGAUUAGCUUAGAGUUAAGGGCGCUGCAUGGAGACUAGACCUCAGAUUAUUCAGGAUUUCUGUUUGGGAUUAUGCUUGAAAUUUCACUUCAAAUUGAAUCUUUCUGUGUCUCUUUCGGACCAGACUUUGCCUGUAAAAGCCUUAUUUUUCUUGAGUAUGGGCAAAUGAAGCAAUCAUGUUUAACAAAUUUAGCAUUUAUCGGAACUACAUUCCCUUGAGAUUCUUCCACCUUGAUGUUCUACUGUAGUCAUACCUGCUGUCAUACUUCAAUAACCUCAGCUGGAGGUUUGUAAUGAAACCAGUGGAAUGUUUCCAGUAGGAAAUAGUUUGGUUUUCAUGAACCCAUGUUUGCUGAGGAGAAAGUUGUAGAUUUGGGUGAAGGGGUGUUGGUCAUGACAGCCCAAUGUGUCUGAAGCGUACCAACUGCAAACCAGCGCAACAUGCGUCCCAUACCUUGUUAAGUUGAAACCUAAGAUGUUUUUUUUCUGUUGAACAAUAAAGCAAAUGAGAAGUGACUGGAACUGCUCUUGUGAGCUAACAGUUUUUUUAGAGACCACUUUCAAAUCCCUUCGAAAAUAAAACUAUUGACAGAGUAUGACGUGGUGCCUCGAUAGCUUCCUCUUGUACAGUUUCAUCUGUUUGACUGCUGCCAGGUGGAAGACCACUUGUCUCCGUGAUACAGAAAGGUACACAAUAACCUUUCAAGUUUACAAUUAUACAAUGUUUUAAGUUAAACUGGUGUUAUGAGAUUUUACCUUUGUUCAAGGCAUUUUUUUUUUAGAAAUAUACAAUAAAGCUUGAUC